AUGCCCCGCACCGACGAAGCAACCACCUUCUACCACUCAGUCUACCUUGCCAUCCAAGAAAUUCCCCACGGAAAAGUAACGACAUACGGACAUAUCGCGCGACUGAUAGGAACACCCAAUCGUCCCCGCCAAGUAGGAAUUUGUCUUAAGCAUCUUCCUAGUUCUGUUUCUGCUUCUGCCUCUUCUUCUACAUCUACAUCGAGUACCACGUCUAAUCCCCUCUUCCACAACGGAAACGUACCCUGGCAGCGAGUGAUUAAUGCAAAAGGGGGGAUAAGUCCACGCAGUCACCCCUCGGGCGCCCAAAACCAAGCCGCAAUUCUACGUAGUGAAGGGGUCGAAGUGACGACUGAUGCUUUAAACACCCACCACAUCUCCCUCUCCACCUACGGCUGGUUUCCGCGUCAACUGCCAAGCGAAGAAGCCGCCGGUCUCGAUCCACCUAUCAAUUCUGAUUCCGAGUCGGAGUCGGAUGCGGGUGUGGAAGAUGGUGAUGGUGAUGGUGAUGCGGAAGAAUGA